AUGCGCCUCUAUCACUACGAUAAGGAUGUCUACGGGUAUCGAACCCCUCGUCCGUUUGCGCUUCCGGAUUACUCGCCCUCGGAGCUUGCCAAUCGUGUCCAGAAUGCAAAUUUGCUGCAGCUCGUUCAGGCUUUCCGAGAAUAUGGUCACCGCAAGGCGCACCUCGAUCCGCUGGGGCUCUUGUCGGAAGAGUCGGUGCCCGAGCUCGAUCCAGCUCGCUACGGCAUCCCCGAAACGGGGACCCGAUUCUGUCUCGACGGCAUCCUCCAUGUCGGGCAGUCGAACGACCCCAAUAUCUCGCGCGAGAGUGCAAGCAUCGAGCGUAUCUUGGCUCACCUGAAGGCCUCGUACAGCAGCCGCAUCGGCUUUGAGUUUUGCCACAUUCCAUGCCCAAGCGAGCAGAGAUGGUUUGCCCAGUACAUUGAAUCGUACCAAAAAAAGCAGUUCUCUGAUCAAGAAAGGCUCCGCAUCUACCAACUCCUCACGAAAUCAGAGGUGUUUGACCGGUUCAUGGCCAAAAAGUUCCCCAACGUCAAGCGCUACGGGCUGGAAGGUGCAGAGAGCAUGAUGAUUGUUCUCGAUACACUCCUGAGCGACGCAUCCAAGGCCGGCAUCGUGGAUGCAAUCAUUUGUAUGCCCCACCGCGGUCGUCUGAAUCUGCUGACCGACAUCCUCCGGUUCCCUCCUGCGGCCCUGUUCCACAAGGUCAAGGGCAACUCUGAGAUCCCUGACAACCUCCCCGCCAUUGGUGAUGUUCUUUCCCAUAUUGGAACCUCGGUCGAUCUGGACUAUCAGGGCGAAGACCCUAUCCACGUUUCCUUGGUCCAUAACCCGUCGCAUCUUGAGACCGCCAAUCCUAUUGCUCUUGGCAAGGCUCGAGCACGCCAAAUGCAUCUCUACGAUUCUGGAACCGAAGGACAGACGUGCUCUAUCGGCGACCGAGUCUUGUGCGUCCAACUUCACGGCGACAGCGCUUUCACGGGCCAGGGUGUCGUCACCGAGACCCUGGGACUAUCGAAUCUACCUCACUUUACUGCUGGCGGCUCGGUGCAUCUGAUUGUCAACAACCAGAUCGGAUACACCACCCCAGCCAUGAACGCCCGCAGUACCAUCUACACGUCCGACAUUGGCAAAAUGAUCAACUGCCCCAUCAUCCAUGUCAAUGCAGACUUCCCCGAGGAAGUUGCCUAUGCCACCUCGAUUGCACUUGACUACAGAAACAAGUUCAAAAAGGACGUGAUCAUUGACUUGAUUGCCUACCGACGCAUGGGCCACAACGAACUUGACGAGCCUGCGUUUACCCAGCCAAUAAUGUACAAGAACAUCCGCGCCAGAAAGAGCGUGCCGAUUCUCUAUGAGGAGCGCCUGAUUGACAAAGGCGUCAUUGGCAGCCGUGCAGAGGUGGAUGAGUUCCGACAGAGAUAUUUUGACGAGCUCGAUGCCGAUUUGAACCAGAGCUAUAACUUCCAGCCAAAGUGGAGCAGUAUGAUCAUGCCCACGGAAGCCGUUGUGCAAAUCGACACUGGUGUCGAUCACGAUACUCUCAAGUACAUUGGUACACGCUCAGUGACUCUGCCUGAUGGCUUUGUCCCCCAUUCAAGACUCAAAAAGUUCCACAUCGACCCGAGAAUCAAGAACAUUGAACAGAGCCAGGGCCUGGACUGGGCCACGGCCGAGGCUCUUGCCUUUGGUAGUCUCCUGAUGGAAGGCAAGCACGUGCGUAUCUCGGGUCAAGACGUUGGCCGAGGAACCUUCUCGCAGCGCCACGUCAUGAUGGUGGACCAAGAGACGGAGCGAACCGCCAUUCCCCUCAACAAGCUCUCCGACAGCCAAGGGCACAUCGAAAUUGCAAACUCGUCGCUCUCCGAGUACGCCGUGCUAGGCUUUGAAUACGGCGUUUCGUGGGAGACCCCCGACCGCCUGUGCAUCUGGGAGGCCCAGUUUGGCGACUUUUUCAACGGCGCCCAGAUCGUGAUUGAUACCUGCCUUGCCAGCGGCGAAACCAAGUGGCUGCGUCAAAGUGGCCUUGUGAUGCUCCUUCCUCACGGGUACGAUGGAGCAGGUCCCGAGCAUUCGAGCUGCCGAAUCGAGCGAUUCCUGCAGCUCUGCGACCACAAGUACAAUGUGUUGGAUGACAGCACGCCUGACAAUCCCAACAUGCAUGUCGUCAAUGUGACCACUCCAGCACAGUAUUUCCACGUCCUCCGCAGACAGAUGGCUCGCAACUUCCGCAAGCCACUGAUCGUGGCCGCCCCCAAGAUUCUACUGCGGCACCCGGCUGCUGUCUCCAAGCUCCAUGAGAUGGAGCCCGGAACGACCUUCCAGCCGGUUCUCGAUGACCCCACGCUCCCGGAUGGCCAGCACGGCGAGGUGAACAAGGUUGUGUUUGUCUCGGGCAAGCUUUACUACGAUCUUGUCAAGGAGCGGGCGAGCCGUGGACUCGAUAAGAACGUCAGUCUGGUCCGUCUCGAGGAGCUCAAUCCUUUCCCAACGGCGCAUUUGAAACGCAUCGUGGACAAGUACCGCAGCACUGCCACUCAGUGGUUGUGGGUCCAAGAGGAGCCCGAGAAUCAGGGCGCGUUUCCGUUUGUUGGACCCCGUCUGGCCCAACUGCUUCCGAACCACAUCCUCAAGUACCAUGGACGCAAGGCAUGCGCCGCCCCUGCCGUGGGUAUUUCCUCUCGCCACAAGAAAGAGCAGGAGGAGGUCGUCAAAGGUGCAUUCUAG